CUCGGCUCUGGGCACCGUCUCGAAGGAGGACACCUCGCUGGUCCUGCCGUCUGACGGAAAACAGCGGACGGACAGCAGCGCGUGCUGGAGCAGGUGAAAAGCAUUAAGAGAGGCAAGUCGAAGAUGGUCAAGAGUGACUCCAUUCCGUCGCCAACAACUCCGGCGUCAGCGACAGAGUUCAGCGAGCCGAAAUUCCAGUUCUCACCUGUAAAGCUGAACGACACGCUCUUUAAAUUCAGCGGCUCCAGCAUGAUGGCAACCCAGAGCAGAGCGACUGGUCGCAGCUUGUCUGUGCGCAACACGGUGAGAAGACAGACCCAGAACAGCCAGUCGGACUCUCAGAUGAACUGGAAUUUGCAGUCUCAAUCCAAUGGGAUGAAGUCCAGUGCCAGCAAGCUGGAGAAUAGCACGCUGAUCAGUGCCAGCCAAUCACAGUUCAAGACUUUGUCUAGCCAAUCACAGACAAUGAAGAAAGUCACCAGGAGCAAAUCAGAAACUUCAGGUGCAAAUGGUGCCAUGGGAGCAAUGCCUGACAUCACUCUGAAGGAAGCAGUGGAGUUUCUGACUCACUCGGAUGUGAGCUAUCAGCUGUGUGGAGCUUCAUUCAUACAGCAUCAAACCUUCACAGAAGACACAGCCAAACAAGAGGUUUGGCGGUUGGGAGGGAUUCCUGCUCUUGUACAGUUGCUGAAAAGUGAAAAUAUACAGCUGCAACAGACAGCCGCCGCUGCACUGCGCAACGUGGUUUUUAAAGAAAAUGAAAUCAAGCUUGAGGUGGAAAGUUGUGAAGGACUAGAAGCCAUUCUGACCUUACUCAGAAACACCAAUGUGACAGAAACCCAGAAACAACUUACUGGUCUGUUGUGGAAUCUGUCCUCGGCUGAUGCACUGAAGCCAGAGCUGAUCAGGAAUGCCCUGCCCCUGCUUACAGAAAGCAUUGUGGUGCCAUUCAACUUUUGGACUGAUGGCAACAUCAACAAACACAUUGAUCCCAAGGUCUUCUACAACACCACUGGCUGUUUAAGAAACCUCAGCUGUGCUAGCGAAAAGGAGAGGAUAUCUAUGAGGAACUGCACGCAACUUAUCGACUCAAUCAUGACUUAUGUUCAGACUCAGGUGGAAAGAGGAGAGCCAGAUGAUAAGACAGUGGAAAACUGUGUCUGCAUACUCCAUAACUUGAGCUACCAGCUGGAAGAGGCUCCUGAACACUUCGCAGGGUUCUCUAUCCCUGAUGGGAGCUCACAUGAGAACAUGAACAAAAACAGCCUCUUCAGCCCCAGGAGCACCAAGGCUCAAAAGGUAAAAGCUGAGUUCAGGUUCCCAGCCAUGGAGGAGGGUCAGCCUGAAGGAGUGAAAUGGUUGUACCACCAAAAGUCCCUGCAGCUGUACCUGUCUCUGCUGGGCUCCAGUCAGAAAGAGGCCACUCUGGAGGCAUGCUGUGGAGCCCUGCAGAACCUCACUGCUUCAAAGAGCUCUCUGUCCACUGUGAUGACCCAAAGCAUCAUACAGAAGCUGCAUGGCCUGUCUGUCAUUUCCCCCCUGCUGUAUUCUGCAAACUCUGGCCUACAGAAGACAGCCAUGUCCUUAGUGGGCAACAUGUCCCGGGUGUCAUCUCUACGGAGUACUAUGGCCAAGGAAGUUCUUCCCACAGUCAGCUCUGUGCUCUCGACUGUGACCCCGAAUAUGGUUAAAUCAGACAGCUCCAUCGCUACAGCGUGCCGUGUGAUGCACACACUCAUGCUGGCAGAUCCUGAGAGUGGCAAGAAGAUGUUGAACUCAAAACUCAUUGACUCUCUGAGCAUGCUGAGUACAAAUAUCGAAUACACAAGUUUCUCUCUUGCUUGCAGAUCAUUCGAAACGGCCAGAAAAGCUGCUGCAGUUCUUCUCUGGAGUAUGUGGGGACAAAAAGACAUACAGAAUGGGCUGAAAAAGCAAGGGAUGAACAAGGACACGUUUAUAAAUGCCGUCACUGCUACAGCAUACCAGGCAGCAACAAGCACAAAAGGACAGUGAGAGAUGUGCAGUUUUGCAGGUGAGGUCUCCUGGAAGACACAAAAAGAGUAGCUGGAUUUGGGAAUACUCUCCUGCCUACAUAUAUUGCAUUAUAGGUACAGAUUUAAAGGGAAACAAUUCCUAAAGAUUUUUUGUGAAAAAGUUGCUAUAACCCAAAUGAAAUUCUUCCAUGGAACUAGAGGGCUGUCAAGUGCCAAUAUAACAAACAGACCAAUAAAACGAUCAUAAAAGUGUCUGUAUGACUUGUGCGCUGUAUUUCUGGAGCUUUGUGUGAGGAGCAUACAGAAAAUUAAAGGGAUAGUCCACCCAAAAAUGAAAAUUCUGUCAUCAUUUGCUCAACCUUAUAAUGUUCCAAACAUAUAUGGCUUACUUUCUUCUGUGGAAAACAAAAGAAGAUAUUUUGAAGAUUGUUGGAAACUAAACAGUUUUGAUUCCCAUUGAUUUCCGUUGUAUUUUUGUCCAUAAAAUGGAAGACAGUGGGAAUCAAAACCACAGAAAAAAAAAAAGUGGUGAGUAAAUGAGUAAUUCACUGAAAAUCCUUUUCCGAUCUUUUCAAUGAAGCCGUUCACAAAACUGCUGAGAUUGAUUUGUUUAUAAAUUGGACUGAUCUGCAAUUUAGCUCACAAGUCAUAUGGAUUGUUUUUAUAUUUGUAUAAUCAUUGUCUAUCAUUUUUGAGCUUGACAUCCCCAUAUUGUAUAAUUGAUCUCCCAUUCCAUGUCUCUCUGGGAUUAAUAGAUUAUGUUUCUUCUAAAUGUUGCUUUCUGUUCUGCUAGUAGAGGCCUGUUUAGUGCCUAAAACACAGAUAUGUACGUUUAUCAUGGGAAACAGUUCUUACACUUCGGCUUGACAAACUUGCACUACUGGUCCUGCAGAGUAAUAAUUCCACUCUUUUUCUCAUGCUGCUUUCCUUCUCCUCCGGUGCUGUAUACAAAAAUUAGUCCCACAUUAUAUUAAGUGGCCUUAACUACUAUGUACUUACAUCAAAAAAUAAGUACAGUGUACUUAUUGGGUUCAUACUGAAUUGCAAAACACUUUUGCUGCUAUUGAGGUGGGAUACGGGUAAGGUUAGGGA